AAGGAUUAAAUUAUGUUUUUUAUCCAACAAUAAAUAUACUUUUUCGUCUGUUAAAAUGCUUGAAAGUUCCAUCUGGCGUGAAUCGUUGUAAUUUGCCGGUAGAAAAAAUAUUUCUCUUGAAAUACAGAAAUAUACAAAAUUUUUUGCAAAAUCAUGCGAAAACCUAUAUGGGGUCCAAUAAGAUAUCCUGUUGGCAGGAUAAAGCGUUCUUUUCAACCUGAAGAAACAGUACCAAUACUCCCUGAUGAUAUGCCUUUAAAAUUAAAAAAUCGUGUCGCAUCUAAAGGCUCAGCUACUCAAGAGAAGGGUUGUUUUCAAGAAAUUGUCGUCGCUAUUACAUGUUUAUCAGCAAAUAAUUUCGAAAAUAAAGAAUGUCUGAAAGAAAUUAAAGAUUAUCAAGACUGUUUUAAGCUGCAUUUAGCUAAUAAAGCUAAAACAAAGGAAGAAAUUAAAUCAGGCAAGUUAAUCCCUGGAUCUAAGCAUCUUAAAUUUAACCAAUUAAACCAAUUAUUAUCUCGAUAUCCUCAACAGUGAAAAACAGUAAUUAUG